UGUCAUUUUGUUGCUAACAUCAGCCUUUAGUUGUCAGUGAGAGAAGAGCUAGUCAUCUGAACUGAGUUUGUUGUCCAGAUUUUUGGUUUUCAAGCUAAAAAGAUGGAGGAGUUUCAUUCUGGAGAUGAAGUGUCUUUCAGCCCAGACGAAGCAAGUAAUGUUGUGAAGGAGUGCAUUGAGGGUAUUAUUGGAGGCGUGGACUACAGCCAGAACAAAGUCAACCAGUGGACAGCCAGCAUAGUCGAACACACUCUCACUCAGUUAGUCAAACAGGGGAAACCGUUCAAGUACAUUGUCAACUGUGCUGUGAUGCAGAAAAGCGGCGCAGGUCUUCACACAGCCAACUCUUGUUACUGGGACACUACCACUGAUGGUAAAGCUUUUAGUUCUAUAUAACUGCUUUGUGUUUUCAUAGUUUUAGCU